CGAGAUCAAUUUUCCCCAGUAUGGGGGUGAAAUCGAGGGUUUGAUUAGAGAAGAAAUUAGCUGAUCUUCAAAAUGCAUAAGAAUUAGUUGAUAGAAAUUUGGCUUCAGAGUGUCUAGAAGAAAUUUGAAGGAUUUUUGGCGAACCCCACCCAAUAUACCUAGAUGGGAUUUCAUUCGUCAGCGUGCGUCAGACGAUGUGUCGUGAGCAAAUAGAAGGCGACUUGCCAUAGCAGAAUUUAAUUAUCCUGGUCUGUGUUGAGCAUCAGGCGGCGUUGAGAAUAAAGUGUAAACUCUUGUAGCAUCAGUUGUCAGUGCUUUACGACAAUUAAUUUUCACUUAAAAAACCUGCAAAUCGAGACGGGAGUUCUUAAAAACAAUUACUUUCGUGUCGCUCGUGAUUAAAGCCGCUCCUUUCGGUAACUAACCUCUAUGGUUUUUAUAACUAGUGAAAUUUCAUCCACAAUGAAUACCACAUAUCAAGACAAAAUCACCCAAAGUUUGGAAAACAGCAGAAACUGUCUGCGUCGCAUUGCACGAAACGAUGAUACAGAGAGUUCACCGCACAGCAUCAUGAAUGUAAUUGAGAAGUUUGUGAAAACCGUCAAUUUAAUGGAUGAAACCAUCCUGGUACCAUGCCGAUUGAUGGAUUUAAAAGUUGGCGAUGAUCAAGAUCCAUCUGAUAAGCACCUAAAGAAGAAACCGUCCGUGCAGCAGACCCUCGAUUCCACCGACUUGUUCCAGAUCUACAGCAUGCUUAAAAACGUGAAAGAUGGACUUCUAUGGGGAGGAAAAUCUCAACAAUCUGAAGACAUUCAAGAAACCAUUUUAGUACCACAACUGUCGAUAAAAGGUCAUAUCCGUAGACCAUCAACUGUGAGCGUAGCUUCGACAAACUCGAGCACUUCUGGAUUAUGUGAUUCCGAUUCAGAGGCUGGAAGCGGCAACGAAAACGACUCAGGCAUCGAAGAAGUGGUGCAAGAAGAGUGCCGUACUGAAAGGAUAGCUCAUGACUUUCAGAGGCAUUUGACGGGUUUGACCAGUUCAAUCCGGCAGAUGACUGAAGCAGCUCAGUACCUGACUUGGCGCUAUCAGCACGACAUUGGUGGGCCAGUUUAAUUGUUAUCGGUUUUAGGGCAAUAAUUUCCAACCUGAAGUGGGUGCAUAGGUGGGAAAAAGUGGAAAACAGUAAAUCUAAUUCUACUUUUCAGAUCCUAUAUGCAGUUUGAAUUUUUGUCAAAUUUGGUUGCUUUUUUCCACAUAUGUGCUGGUGCUUGUGGGUGCGUGUUUUGAUUGAACGGUGAAUUGAGUGAAUGUUGGUGGUCAAUCUGCAAAGUGAUAUCGUUUAGAUUAUCUAAUUUUGCUCAUUAUCCUUUUAUUAUUAUAUUUUUAUUUAUUCUAGUGAGAGUUAUAGGUAUAAUUUUUACUUGCAAAAUAAAGUUGUAUUAAAAGUAUUUUCAAAAUUACGGUUAAAGCAACUCAUGAAGCUUCAAAGCAUCCGUAAAUGUGUUAUCAUUGUUUUCCAACACUUGAAUCAUUGAUGAUCCGUUAUUAUUUGAAUAAUGAAUAUUUGGAUAUUUGAUGGUUUUAUUUAAAAAAAUAUAUAAACAUCAACGCCUGUCAUUUACAUAAAACAAUACCUAUGCUAUAUACAGAUAUAUUUAAACAGAUUAAAAUUUAUUCGAAAUUGUAUUACGCUUACACUCUUAGAGCAGAACAGUUUUUGCUCGACCCAUUGUUUUUAUGUGUAACAGCCAAAAUAGCAAUUCGAUUAUUUACAAAAUCAUUUGUUCAGCGUAGAUUUGAUUCCAUUUUACCGGAUUGUUGAUUGUUUGAAGACAACCAGGUGAAAAACUGCAACUUAACUUCUAGUAGUACAUAUAAGAUCGAUUGAAAUUAACCAUAAAUUUGAAAGUUGUAAUUGCAGAGGUGCGCUUUAUUGACUGUAACAUUUCAGUAAUGCUAAAUCCUUAUGAGUAAUGGGUAUAAGUUAGAAACAUACAUACGAUCACCUUAGAUUACUUUAUAUACAAUACAGAUUUUAAUGUAUGCGAUCUUCUUAAAAAUAUGUGUGUAUUGAAACAAAGUAUUUCUUGGAAGUUGAGUAACACAGCAAAUGUAGUAGAAGCUAGAGAGUGUUGCCACAAAAUGAAAACCCUUAACGCCAGAAGUAGAAUAAACGCUGCAAAAUCAAAUGUACGUACCGGUUUAUUGCGUUUUAUUUAGCAAGUACAGUCAAGUUAAAAGAAUUCAUUACUAGCAAAGCAGCUUGUAAAAUUCUUCUUCUGGGGUCAUUUGUUGAGUGACGAAUUUGCCCAAAGCGGAUAGAAACACAUUAAGUAAUUUCCACAUGCUAUUUCAGAUUAAUUGUAAGUUGAUAUAAUAAAAUACCUGAAACGUUA